GCCGUCCCUGAGACGCUCAGAUCCGCAGGGGAGUCCACUCGAGAGCGCCUCCUGUCGUCCGUAAGGCUGCCCUGCCAUUCCUCGGCACCCCAACUCCCCCGCCCCCCCAUCGCCGCCUCCUCCUCCAUCCUCCAGUUCAAAAUGGCGACGGCGGCGGCAGCGGCGGCGGCGAUGGCUCCUCCGGGUUGCCCGGGUUCGUGCCCCAACUUCGCCGUAGUCUGCUCCUUCUUGGAGCGCUAUGGGCCGCUGCUAGACCUGCCGGAGUUGCCGUUCCCCGAGCUGGAGCGGGUGUUGCAGGCGCCGCCGCCGGACGUCGGCAACGGAGAAGUACCAAAAGAAUUGGUGGAGCUCCAUUUGAAGUUGAUGAGGAAGAUUGGAAAAUCUGUUACAGCAGACAGAUGGGAAAAAUACUUAAUCAAGAUAUGCCAAGAAUUUAACAGUACAUGGGCAUGGGAGAUGGAGAAGAAAGGAUAUCUUGAAAUGAGUGUUGAAUGUAAACUAGCACUCUUAAAGUAUCUCUGUGAGUGUCAGUUUGAUGACAAUCUUAAAUUCAAGAAUAUUAUUAAUGAGGAAGAUGCUGAUACUAUGCGUCUCCAGCCAAUUGGGCGAGACAAAGAUGGCCUUAUGUACUGGUACCAGUUGGAUCAAGAUCAUAAUGUCAGAAUGUACAUAGAAGAACAAGAUGAUCAAGAUGGCUCUUCAUGGAAAUGCAUUGUCAGAAAUCGAAACGAGUUGGCUGAGACUCUUGCACUCCUCAAAGCACAAAUUGAUCCUGUACUAUUGAAAAACUCUAGCCAACAGGACAUCUCUUCCCGGGAAAGUCCCAUCUUAGAGGACGAGGAGACUAAAAAAGAAGAAGAAACACCUAAACAAGAGGAACAAAAGGAAAAUGAAAAGACAAAAGGUGAAGCUCGGCUAGUAGAUUCAGUAAAUUGUUCUACAGCCAGUGUUCUAGAAGAGACUACUAUGAAAAUUGAAAAAGAAGAUCAAAAGGAACUUGUGAAACUGCCAGUAAUAGUGAAGGUAGAAAAAACUUUGCCAGAAAUCGAGGAAAAAAAGAUUGUCAAAGAAGAAAAUGAUUCUUUCAAAGAAAAUGUCAAACCCAUUAAAGUUGAAGUGAAGGAAUGCAGAGCAGAUCCCAAAGAUGUCAAAGGUAGCAUGGAGAAACUGGUGGUACAGGAACCAGAGAGGCUAGAGUUUAGUGGCAAUAUCAGAUCUUCUCAAGAAAUUACAGAGAAAUCUACUGAAGAAACUGAGAAACUUAAAAAUGACCAGCAAGCCAAGAUUCCACUAAAAAAACGAGAAAUUAAACUGAGUGAUGAUUUUGACAGUCCAGUCAAAGGACCUUUAUGUAAAUCAGUUACUCCAACAAAAGAGUUUUUAAAAGAUGAAGUAAAACAAGAGGAAGAGACUUGUAAAAGGAUCUCUACCAUUACUACUUUGAGUCAUGAAGGGAGACUAAUGGUAAAUGGAGAAGUUGGUGAUGAAAAGGUAACUCCAACUUUGAAGACAGAACAAAUAGAGACAAAGUUUUAUGAUACAAAGGAAGAUGUCUACAAUAGCCCUUCUAAGGACAGAAGUGUCAUCAUGGAGGGGAAUGGAGCAGAAUGCUUAAAUUCUGUCAUAACGAGUUUAAAAAUAAGUGAGCUUGAGAAAGAAGUUCUUUUAGGAAAGGUUGUAGAUAGUUCAGUCUCAGUCUUAGAGACCCACAGUCAAAAAGGGCAGUUAGAGGAACCUGGUCCUCCAGAAAUGGAAACUUCUCUUGAGUCUUCUGAGAUAGUAAAGGAUCUCUCUUUAAAAACUGCUUUAUCUGUCACUGAAUCCUGUACCAUGAAAUUUGAAGAGAAGUCCCCCAAAAGUAAGAAGGAUAAGAGUCCACCAAUCCUAGAAUGUCUUGAAAAAUUAGAGAAGUCCAAAAAGACUUUUCUUGAUAAAGACUCACAAAGAUUGAGUCCCAUACCAGAAGAAGUUCCAAAGAGUACUCUAGGAUCAGAACCACCAAGUCCUCCUGAUGCAUCUGAAACUUUCCCACCAACUAAAAUAACUAGGCAUUGUGAAAAACCAGACUUAGAAAAAGAAGGAGUAGAGUGUCAGAGUACAAGUUCUUUUGAAGGUCAGUUCCUGGAAAAAGUAGACCCAGAAAUUCUUAAAAGGGAUUCUGAGUCCAAGAAAGUAGAAAUGGAUAAUCUAGACAAUGAGGAUCCUUCUGAAACAAAGGGUUCUGUGCAAAAAAGCAAAUUUAAAUAUAAGUUGGUUCCUGAAGAAGAAACAACUGCCUCAGAAAAUACAGAGAUAACCUCUGAAAGGCAGAAAGAAGGCAUCAAAUUAACAAUUAGGAUAUCUAGUCGGAAGAAGAAGCCAGAUUGUCCUGCCCAAAUUCCAGAACCAGAAAGCAAGCAAGAGAAGACAGAAAAAGAAGAAGAGAAAACAAAUGUGGGCCCUACUUUAAGGAGGUCUCCAAGAAUAUCUAGACCUACAGCAAAAGUGGCUGAGAUCAGAGAUCAGAAAGCUGAUAAAAAAAGAGGGGAAGGAGAAGAUGAAGUGGAAGAAGAGUCAGCAGCCUUGCAAAAAACAGACAAAAAAGAAAGUUUGAAAAAACUGGAGAAGGAUACAAACUCUAAAGGAGGCAAGGUAAAACCCAAAGGCAAAGUUCGGUGGACUGGUUCUCGAACACGAGGCAGGUGGAAAUAUUCCAGUAAUGAUGAAAGUGAUGGGUCUGACAGUGAAAAAUCAUCUGCAGCUUCAGAAGAGGAAGAAGAAAAGGAAAGUGAAGAAGCCAUCAUAGCAGAUGAUGAUGAACCAUGCAAAAAAUGUGGCCUUCCUAAUCAUCCUGAACUAAUUCUUCUGUGUGAUUCUUGUGACAGUGGAUACCACACGGCCUGCCUCCGCCCUCCUUUGAUGAUCAUCCCUGAUGGAGAAUGGUUCUGCCCCCCUUGCCAACAUAAACUGUUAUGUGAAAAAUUAGAGGAACAGUUGCAAGAUUUGGAUGUUGCCUUAAAGAAGAAGGAGCGUGCUGAACGAAGGAAAGAACGCUUGGUGUACGUGGGUAUCAGUAUUGAAAACAUCAUUCCUCCACAAGAGCCAGAUUUUUCUGAAGAUCAAGAAGAAAAGAAAAAAGAUUCAAAAAAAUCAAAAGCAAACUUGCUUGAAAGGAGGUCAACAAGAACACGGAAGUGUAUAAGUUACAGAUUUGAUGAGUUUGAUGAAGCAAUUGAUGAAGCUAUAGAAGAUGAUAUCAAAGAGGCUGAUGGAGGAGGAGUUGGCCGAGGAAAAGAUAUCUCCACCAUCACAGGUCACCGCGGGAAAGACAUCUCUACUAUUUUGGAUGAAGAAAGAAAGGAAAAUAAACGACCCCAGAGGGCAGCUGCUGCUCGACGAAAGAAACGCCGGCGACUAAAUGAUCUGGACAGUGAUAGCAACCUGGAUGAAGAAGAGAGUGAAGAUGAAUUCAAGAUCAGUGAUGGAUCUCAAGAUGAAUUUGUUGUAUCUGAUGAAAACCCAGAUGAAAGUGAAGAAGAUCCACCAUCUAAUGAUGACAGCGACACUGAUUUCUGCAGUCGUAGAUUGAGGCGACACCCUUCCCGACCAAUGAGGCAAAGUAGGCGUUUGCGAAGAAAGACCCCAAAGAAAAAGUACUCUGAUGACGACGAAGAGGAGGAGUCUGAAGAUAAUAGUAGAGACUCUGAAAGUGACUUUAGCGAUGAUUUUAGUGAUGAUUUUGUAGAAACUCGGCGAAGGCGGUCAAGGAGGAACCAGAAAAGACAAAUUAACUACAAAGAAGAUUCAGAAAGUGAUGGUUCCCAAAAGAGUUUAAGACGUGGCAAAGAAAUAAGGCGUGUUCAUAAGCGCAGACUUUCCAGCUCAGAGAGUGAAGAGAGCUAUAUGUCCAAGAACUCGGAAGAUGAUGAGCUAGCUAAAGAAUCAAAGCGGUCAGUUCGAAAGCGAGGCCGAAGCACAGAUGAGUAUUCAGAAGCAGAUGAGGAGGAGGAAGAGGAAGGCAAACCAUCCCGAAAACGACUACAUCGGAUUGAGACAGACGAGGAGAGCUGUGACAACACUCAUGGAGAUUCAGAUCAGCGUGCCCAUGAUGGUCAGCCCAGGGUCCUGCCCUCAGAGCAGGAGAGCACCAAGAAGCCCUACCGGAUAGAAAGCGAUGAGGAAGAGGACUUUGAAAAUGUAGGCAAAGUGGGGAGCCCAUUGGACUAUAGUUUAGUGGACUUACCUUCCACCAAUGGACAGAGUCCUGGCAAAGCCAUUGAGAACUUGAUUGGCAAGCCAGCUGAGAAACCUCAGACCCCCAAGGACAGCAGCACAGCCAGUGCAAGCCUAGCCCCCAAUGGGACGAGUGGUGGGCAAGAGGCAGGGGCACCAGAGGAGGAAGAAGAUGAGCUUUUGAGAGUGACUGACCUUGUUGAUUAUGUCUGUAACAGUGAACAGUUAUAAGACUUUUUUUUUUCCAUUUUUGUGCUAAUUUAUUCCACGGUAGCUCUCACACCAGCGGGCCAGUUAUUAAAAGCUGUUUAAUUUUUCCUAGAAAACUCCACUACAGAUUGACUUUCUAGAAGAAAAAAAUUUCAUCAUACCCUGAAGUCUUUCUGUGAAGUGACCAGAUUUGAACUUUGAAGAUAAAUAAUUGCUGUAAAUUUCUUUUUAUUUUCUUUUUCCAAGUUCAUGGUCCUUGGUAAUUUCAUUCAUGGAAAAAAUCUUAUUAUAAUAACAACAAAGAUUUGUAUAUUUUUGCCUUUAUAUUUCCUGAGCUCUCCUAACUUUGUGAAAAGGGUGGAUAAGAAUGCAUUCCAAAUCUAUAAGGGCCCAAAACAGAAUUUAGGGGUGGGAGAAAGCACUUGUGCUUUAGCUUUUCAUAUUAAAUAUAUAUUAUAUUUAAACAUACAUGGCAUAGAUGAUGAUUAACAGACCUUUUAAAAGUUCAACUCUGUACUGUUGCAGUUUGAGAAAUAUAGAUAAUGUCAUACAUGAAUCAUUUAGUAAUAGCCUUCGUAAAAUCAACUUGUUUACUAUUGGAGUUACCACACUUUAAAUAAAGAAGAGACCAUGAAAGUACCAUCAUUUAAAAAAAAAAAAUUACCCUAAGUUUCUGUUAAAGCGGAGUUUCUUGUUUAAAAAAGAAAACUCAUCUGAAAAGCAUUUGCACAGUAAAAUGUAUAAUGAAGCUUUGACAACCAGAUUGUGCUAGCAACAGAUUUUUUUAAAAAUAGCUUUAUCCAUUGGUAACAAGGUGGCCUCUGUCUCAAGGAGAUUUAGUAAAAUAAAUGUGGUCUUUCCUAAGACCCAGCUGGACUAUAAACUUUGCCAAUAGUAUAACUCCUGCCCUCUGGCCACUUGAUGUUUUAAAUAUCUGAAACAUCAUUUUGAAAAAAAAUAUAUCUAUAUGUAACACAUGUGAAGAGAUGCUAAGCUGACAAUGGUAUUUUAGCACAUUUGAAGAGUGGGAAAGGAUUUUCAGGUGAAUUUUAACUGGUCUAUUCUUGCCCUUAGUAUCUACUUCAAAUUGAAGUCUACAAACAAAGCAGUUCCUUUGGGAGGUUUUUGAGUUUUGGUGUGUGUAUGUGUGAGUGUGUGUAUGUGUGUGUGUAUGUAUGUGCAUCUACCUGUGUGUGUGUUGGAUUUCCUAUCUGCCUGGAUAUAUUAGCAGGUUUGAAUGUAGUUGGCCUUUGGCCAUUAGACUUCUAUUAAAAUUCAUUAAUAGUCACACGGCCAACAUAGAGUUGAUUGAGAACCGCCGAUAUACCUAAUAGGCAUGAUAUCCAUUUUAAACAUCUCAACACUUUCUAAAGAAAGACAAGCCCUUUGUUUCAAGAAAAGGCAGUGUUUAACUAAAUAACAUAAUUGACACUAAAAUAUGAAUUUUAUCUUAGUCUCUGUUACAGCUGUAAAUUUUCAGGCAGAGCCCUAACAUUGUACAGAAUGUAGCAUUUGUGAUUAAACUUUGCUAUCACAUUCUGAAACCUUCAAUCAGUACUUCUGUGAGUACUUUUGCCCUGGGAUUUGGGUUUUUCUGUUCCAGUGUUGUGUCUGUUGCCGGCAAUGGACACAUCAUAUCUGCUGCUGGCCCACGGAACUUCAGUUUUCUUUCCAAGUUAUGCACUAUAUGUGCUAGUCAGUGUAUAGUAAAGCACUUCUUCUUUUUUUUUUUUUUUUAAUUACUAAAAGCUGGCAUAGACUUGCAUUACAAAUACCUCUCUAGAAACUUUGUACUUCUACUUUUCCUCCCACAACAGGUGUUACCCUUAAAUCUUAUCUUUUGGCCUUGAAAGUUUAUAGCUGUUGCUUUUCAGUUGAGUUUUUGUUUCACCUUAGUUCUGUAGUAGCUGCCCAUUAAUAUUUUUGCCUUGAUUCUAGUAAUGUAUAUGUAACCAUAUAAAAAAUAAAAUAAUGAAAGCAGCCUAAAAAUAGGAUGCAACAAUA